AGCUACUAACGCUGCAGACAGAGAGGGAGAACCAGCUUGAAAAACAAAAAACAAAACGUGUUACAGACACCUAGAAUAGAUUAAUUUGUCAGUAAGCACUCUAUAAAUAGCCAUGGUGUUUGCUUGUUGUGCUGUGGGCUGCCACAACAGACAGGGACAGCGUGCAGGACUCUCCUUUUACCGGUUUCCUACUGACCCAGACAAGAGGGCCAAAUGGAUUGCAGCUGUGAAGAGACAGGACUGGGAGCCAACAGUGUACUCCAGACUUUGCAGUGAUCAUUUCAUUUCAGGGAGGGCGAGCUCAACGCAAACAGAAGCAGAUGGACAGUGAGUUGAAGCCAUAUGUGGGUCGAGUGGAUGCAGCGUUUCUUACAGCAUGUUCCUGUCCUGUACCACCUCCAGCACCAGGAUUACACACUUACUGAAGAGAAGUGAAUAAAUGAACAAAUUAAUGAACUUUAAUGUGUCUGCAGUGUUCCUGUGUGAUUUAAUGAAGUGUUACAGUCCUGUUGGAUCACAAUGUCAGGUGGUGAAGAAUGGAGACAUUCUCAUCCCAAAGUGUGUUUGUCCCACCACCUGCCCACAAGGUUGGAGUGUGUUCGGAGCAGGAGUUCGGUCAGUUCCCCUACAGGCUGCUCGACUGGUUCUUGUUAAUCAGCAGAAUGGGAACACGAUACACAACAGCACACACACCAAGCUGCAUCACACACUCAGAGAGAAUACAGCUUGCACAGAGCUGGUUUUCUCUGUUGGAUCGCAAUAAAAAUGGGAAGUUGAGUAUGAAGGAUCUAAAGAAGCUUCACUAUAAGAAGAUGCCACUGGAACACUGCGCUAACACAUUCUUCAAGUCAUGUGACAGGAACAGGAAUAAUAAAGUGACUGUGAGUGAGUGGACUUCCUGUUUGGUGGAUCGAUCUGAGCGAUGGUUUAAUGAAUACAUGUCAAUGAAAAUGGGCUCGAGGAAACUGUGUGCUGAGCACAGCAGCAUGGACACGCAGAACGGAUCUGAAUAG